GUCACUCGCUCCACGAAUGCUCGGAAAGACUGCACUUUUAUAUGGACUCAUGGCCUUACAAGCUCCGUCGAAAGUGAAAGCCAAGGCGGCUGGCCUUUCGGAGGCGUUCCGGAACUGUCAGAAGUUCUGCCGGUGGUCCGCUACGAUGCGCGUGGCCAUGGCAAAUCUGACCCAGCUGAUGCAUGCACAUGGCAGGCCAUGGGGUCCGACUUGCGGAACAUGCAUGAGACAAUGCUUCCGGGUCGGCCGGUCGUCCUCGGCGGUACAAGCAUGGGUGCAGCGGCCAGCUUAUACGGAGCCUUGGAGGCUCCGGAGAAAGUUGCAGCAUUGAUUCUUGCUACGCCGCCGACCUGCUACGAAACAAGACGGAAGUUUGUGCCCCUCUAUGAGCAGAGCCUUGAAGUCGCGCAGGAGCAAGGCCUGGAAGCAGCUAAAGAAGCUGCUGCAAGCAAGGCCCGCCCCCCGAUUUUCCUGGAGACGGAAGCUGGACGCGCUUCGUUCGACAUCGGAUGGCGAGCCAAGUUUGCCAUGGGCCAGCGUCGAUACUGUGCAGCGCUCCGGGGCGCCAUCGACUCGGACUUGCCUCCGCCAUCGGAAUUGAAGCGCUUGACAAUGCCAGUGCUUGUCCUGGCAUGGAAAUCAGAUGCGCAGCAUCCUCUGGAAAGUGCUGAGCUACUUUGCGACUUACUGCCUCAGGCACAGUUGCACGUAGCCUCUUCCUGGGCGGAUGUGGAGAUGCUUCCGCAGCAGAUGCGCUCGUUUCUGCAAAGCCUUCCUUGA